UCUGGAAGGCCCCUGCGCCUCCGCCCCUCUGUGGGUUCGACUGGCACAGCGCGGGGGGGAGCGGGCGCUCGGAGGCGCAGCCUCCGCCCCUGGCUCGGGGAGGCAGCCGGCGUGUGCCCGGGGCAGCGGGUCAGCAGGCUCCGCCCCGCGCCCGGCCGGGGACGCACUUUGUUCGGGAUGCUGCCUCUCUCCGCGUCAUGGGCCCGGCGCCGGCGGCUGCCCUAGUGCCACCCGCGGCCGGAACGUGGACGCCGAGACUCCACGGGGCCCGACCCGGCGCGGGAGCCCGAGAACUUUCUUGCGGCGCGGUCCGGAUGCGCAGCUGUGCGCGGCGGCGGCACGGAGCCCAGACCCCGGGGCGCAGGCGCGCGGCUCAGUAGCCCUGCCGCAGGCCCGCCGGCCAUGGACAGGACAGCCAGCCUGAGCACCGCAGGCCGCCCCCAGCACACCUCCGCCAUCCCCGUGCCCCGCGCUGCCUCGCAGAGCAGGACCCAGACCCCAGUGGCAUCACCCCAGCUGUGGCCGCGCCAGGCCGGCCUGGCCCUGAGCCCCCAGCGGGCAGUCUCCCCAAGACUGGGCAAGGCCGGCGGCCCUUCCAGGGGCUCGUCCCCUAAGGCCCCCUGGGGGAGAGGCUCCCCCAAGGCCACGGGGGCACCAAGAGAGCUGUCUGAGGGGGCAAGAGCUCCCACUGGCUCCCCCUGGAGCAGCCCCCGCACAGCCCCCAAGGCGGCCCUGGCCAGCCGGGCCAGGUCAAGAAGAGCUGGAGAGACACGGGGCACCCCGGGGCAGAAGAGGGGGGCCCAGGAGGGGACUGUGACCCGCCAGACCCGCAGCAGGAGCCCCUCCUGGGCCAGCUCCCAUGGAGACACUCAGAUACCGGGGACUCCUGAAGCUCAAAAGCCGUCCAACCACCCAGGGAAAGACCAGAGAGACGUUCCCGGCACAAGUUCCGGGAUGCCCGGGCCUUUGGAGCCUGAACCACAGGUGGCUUCGGGGCCUCCCUCCCCGUCCUGCAGCCCUGUGCAGAGCCCACGCCCGGCCCCGGGGGCCGUCAGCUUUGGCUCAGCCCACACGCAUGGCCAGCCCGUCACGGCCACCGUGGCCCCUUUCCAGUACAGGGUCCAGGCCGACCCGGAGCCGGGGCCCCUCAGGCAGGGCAGCUGGGCCUCUGACGGCUACUCCAGCCCCCCUGGGGGCGCUGAGGAGAAACUCUCGAGCCUGGACGCCCGGAUCGUCCAUGCGCUCCUCGCGGGCAGAAUGCUGGGCGGCAGCGUCAAGAGCGCGCAGCCCGAGGUGGAGCUGAGCGGCGGCGGCGGCGAGGGCGCGGACGAGCCUCGGGGCGCGGGACGGAAGGCGGCGGCGGACAGCAGAGCCAUGCUGCCCAAGCGCGCCAAGGCGCCCGGCGGCGGCGGUACGGCCAAGGCCGGCGCGGCGGAGCUCAAGGUCUUCAAGUCCGGCAGCGUGGACGGCCGAGUCCCCGGCGGGCCGCCCGCCUCCAACCUGCGCAAGCAGAAGUCACUCACCAACCUCUCGUUCCUUACGGACUCGGAGAAGAAGAUGCAGCUGUAUGAGCCCGAGUGGAGCGACGACAUGGCCAAGGCGCCCAAGGGCUCGGGCAAGGGCGGCCCCAAGGGCCGCGAGGCUCCGUUGAUGUCCAAGACGUUGUCCAAGUCCGAGCACUCGCUCUUCCAGGCCAAGGGCGGCCCGGCGGGCGGCGCCAAGACCCCUCUGGCCCCGCUCGCGCCCAGCCUGGGGAAGCCAAGCCGGAUCCCGCGCGGCCCCUACGCCGAGGUCAAGCCGCUCAGCAAAGCUCCCGAGGCGGCCGUGAGCGACGACGCCAAGUCGGACGACGAGCUGCUCUCCAGCAAGGCCAAGGCGCAGAAGGGCUCCGGGCCCGCGCCCCCUGCCAAGGGCCAGGAGGAGCGCGCCUUCCUCAAGGUGGACCCCGAGCUCGUGGUGACCGUGCUGGGAGACCUGGAGCAGCUGCUCUUCAGCCAGGUGCUGGACCCUGAGUCCCAGAGAAAGAGGACCGUGCAGAAUGUCCUGGAUCUGCGCCAGAACCUGGAGGAAACCAUGUCCAGCCUUCGAGGGUCCCAGGUGACUCACAGCUCCCUGGAGAUGACUUGCUAUGACAGUGAUGAUGCCAACCCCCGCAGCGUGUCCAGUCUGUCCAACCGCUCGUCACCCCUUUCCUGGCGCUACGGCCAGUCCAGCCCGCGGCUGCAGGCCGGGGAUGCGCCGUCGGUGGGCGGCAGCUGCCGCUCGGAGGGGCCACCUGCCUGGUACAUGCACGGGGAGCGCGCGCACUACGCGCACACCAUGCCCAUGCGCUCCCCGAGCAAGCUCGGCCACAUCUCGCGCCUGGAGCUGGUCGAGUCCCUGGACUCGGAAGACGUGGACCUCAAGUCCGGCUACAUGAGCGACAGCGACCUCAUGGGCAAGACCAUGACGGAGGACGACGACAUCACCACUGGCUGGGAUGAGAGCAGCUCCAUCAGCAGUGGGCUCAGUGAUGCCUCCGACAACCUCAGCUCCGAAGAGUUCAAUGCCAGCUCCUCACUCAACUCCCUGCCCACCACGCCCACGGCGUCUCGCAGGAACUCGACAAUAGUGCUGCGCACAGACUCGGAGAAGCGCUCGCUGGCGGAGAGCGGGCUGAGCUGGCUCAGCGAGUCAGAGGAGAAGGCCCCCCGCAAGCUGGAGUACGACAGCGGCAGCCUGAAGAUGGAGCCCGCGGCGUCCAAGUGGCGGCGGGAGCGUCCCGAGAGCUGCGAUGACGCGUCCAAGGCCGGGGAGCUGAAGAAGCCGGCCGGCCUGGGCCCCCCAGGGCCCCUAAAGAAGGGCAAGACCCCACCCGUGGCCGUCACCUCGCCCAUCACCCACACGGCCCAGAGCGCCCUCAAGGUCGCAGGCAAACCUGAGGGCAAGGCCGCCGACAAGGCCAAGUUGGCCGUGAAGAGCGCGGGCCUGCAGCGCUCCUCCUCGGAUGCCGGCCGCGACCGCCUGGGCGACGCCAAGAAGCCUCCCUCAGGCAUCGCACGCCCGUCCACGUCAGGGUCCUUCGGCUACAAGAAGCCCCCUCCUGCCACGGGCACGGCUACUGUCGUGCAGACCGGGGGCUCGGCCACGCUCAGCAAGGCCCAGAAGUCCUCAGGCAUCCCCGUGAAGCCGGCAAAUGGGCGCAAGACGAGCCUGGACGUGUCCAACAGCGCAGAGCCCGGGUUCCUGGCCCCGGGCGCCCGCUCCAACAUCCAGUACCGCAGCCUGCCGCGGCCAGCUAAGUCCAGCUCCAUGAGCGUGACCGGCGGGCGUGGCGGCCCCCGGCCCGUGAGCAGCAGCAUCGAUCCCAGCCUCCUCAGUGGCAAGCCAGCGGGCCUGGCGCCCUCCAGGCUGAAGGAGCCCUCCAAGGUGGCUGGCGGGCGGGCCGCCCCUGCCCCCGUCAACCAGACGGAUCGCGAGAAGGAGAAGGCCAAGGCCAAGGCCGAGGCGCUGGGCCCCGACGGCCUGUCCCUGAAGAGCGUCGGCUCCCCUGAGACCACGCCCCGGAGCCAGGCGGGCCAUGCCCCGGCCCCCAAGCUGGCAGAGCUGCCCCCCACCCCACUCAGGGCCGCGGCCAAGAGCUUCAUCAAGCCGCCAUCCCUCGCCAACCUCGACAAGGUCAACUCCAACAGCCUGGACCUACCGGUGUCCAGCGACGCCCACGCACCCAAGGCCACGGACCUGCACGCUCCGGGCCCGGCCGCCGGGGGCCCCCUUGCCUCCUGCUUCACCCCUAGCCCAGCCCCCAUCCUCAACAUCAACUCGGCCAGCUUCUCGCAGGGCCUGGAGCUCAUGAGCAGCUUCGGCGUCCCCAAGGAGCCCCGCAUGUACCCCAAGCUCUCGGGGCUGCACCGGAGCAUGGAGUCCUUGCAGAUGCCCAUGAGCCUGCCCGGCGCCUUCCCCAGCGGCACCCCUGCCCCCGGCGGCCCUACUCCCCCCACUGCCCCCGCUGCAGAGGACGCUGAGGAGCUGGCCUGGAGCGGAAGCCCCAGGGCCGGGCAGCUGGACAGUAAUCAGCGGGAUCGGAACACUCUCCCCAAGAAGGGACUCAGGUACCAGCUGCCGUCCCAGGAAGAGGCCAAGGAGCGGCGACGCUCCCACGCUGUGGCGGGGCUGCCCGAGUCGGACGACCAGUCGGAGCUGCCGUCGCCGCCCGCGCUGUCCAUGUCCCUGAGCGCCAAGGGCCAGCUCACCAACAUCGUGAGCCCCACCGCGGCCACCACGCCGAGAAUCACCCGCUCCAACAGCAUCCCCGCCCACGAGACGGCCUUCGAGCUGUACAGCAGCUCCCAAACGGGGAGCACCCUGUCCCUGGCCGAGAGACCCAAGGGGAUGAUCCGGUCAGGAUCCUUCCGAGACCCUGCGGACGACGUUCACGGCUCCGUGCUCUCCUUGGCCUCCAGCGCCUCAUCCACAUACUCCUCAGCUGAGGAGAGGAUGCAGUCUGAGCAAAUCCGAAAGCUUCGCAGGGAACUGGAGUCGUCCCAGGAGAAAGUGGCCACCUUGACCUCUCAGCUCUCGGCUAACGCCAACCUGGUGGCGGCCUUUGAGCAGAGCCUGGUGAGCAUGACCUGCCGCCUGCGGCACCUGGCCGAGACCGCCGAGGAGAAGGACACUGAGCUGCUGGACUUACGGGAAACCAUAGACUUUCUGAAGAAGAAGAACUCUGAGGCGCAGGCUGUCAUUCAAGGGGCCCUCAACGCCUCAGAGGCCACACCCAAAGAGCUCCGGAUCAAGAGGCAGAACUCCUCCGACAGCAUCUCGAGCCUCAACAGCAUCACCAGCCACUCCAGCAUCAGCAGCGGCAAGGAGGCCGAUGCCAAGAAGAAGAAGAAGAAGAGCUGGGUCUACGAGCUCCGAAGUUCCUUCAACAAAGCCUUCAGUAUAAAGAAGGGGCCCAAGUCAGCCUCCUCCUAUUCUGACAUCGAGGAGAUUGCCACGCCCGACUCCUCCGCCCCCUCGUCCCCGAAACUGCAGCACGCGUCCACCGAGACUGCCUCACCCUCCAUCAAGUCCUCCACCUCGUCUUCUGCGGGCACCGACGUCCCCGAGGGCCCCGCUCCCCCGGCCCCCCACGCCCGGCUGUUCCAUGGCAGCGAGGAGGAGGAGCCGGAGAAGAAGGAGGUGUCCGAGCUGCGCUCAGAGCUGUGGGAGAAGGAGAUGAAGCUCACAGACAUCCGCCUGGAAGCCCUCAACUCGGCCCACCAGCUGGACCAGCUGCGGGAGACCAUGCACAACAUGCAGUUGGAGGUGGACCUGCUGAAAGCAGAGAACGACCGGCUGAAGGUGGCCCCGGGCCCCUCGGCGGGCUCCGCUCCUGGGCAGAUCCCGGGAUCUUCGGCUCUACCCUCCCCUCGUCGCUCCUUGGGCCUGGCGCUCACCCAUUCCUUCAGCCCAAGCCUCACAGACACAGACCUGUCCCCCAUGGAUGGCAUCAGCACCUGUGGCCCAAAGGAAGAGGUGACUCUCCGGGUGGUGGUGAGGAUGCCCCCCCAGCACAUCAUCAAAGGGGACUUGAAGCAGCAGGAGUUCUUCCUGGGGUGCAGCAAGGUCAGCGGACAGGUUGACUGGAAGCUGCUGGACGGCGCUGUUUUCCAGGUGUUCAAGGACUACAUCUCUAAGAUGGACCCGGCCUCCACGCUGGGACUGAGCACCGAGUCCAUCCACGGCUACAGCAUCAGCCACGUGAAACGGCUCCUGGACGCAGAGCCCCCAGAGUUGCCCCCCUGCCGCCGAGGGGUUAACAACAUAGUGGUCUCCCUCAAAGGUCUCAGGGAGAAAUGUGUGGACAGCCUGGUGUUUGAGACGCUCAUCCCCAAGCCCAUGAUGCAGCACUACAUCGGCCUGCUGCUCAAGCACCGGCGGCUCGUCCUCUCGGGCCCCAGCGGCACCGGCAAGACCUACCUGACCAACCGCCUGGCCGAGUACCUGGUGGAGCGCUCUGGCCGCGAGGUCACUGAGGGCAUCGUCAGCACCUUCAACAUGCACCAGCAGUCCUGCAAGGACCUGCAGCUGUAUCUCUCCAACCUGGCCAACCAGAUAGACCGGGAAACAGGAACUGGGGACGUCCCCCUGGUGAUCCUGUUGGAUGACCUGAGUGAGGCAGGCUCCAUCAGCGAGCUGGUCAAUGGGGCCCUGACCUGCAAGUACCACAAAUGUCCCUAUAUUAUUGGUACCACUAAUCAACCAGUAAAAAUGACACCUAAUCACGGCUUGCACCUGAGCUUCAGGAUGCUGACCUUCUCCAACAACGUGGAGCCCGCCAACGGCUUCCUGGUUCGCUACCUGAGGAGGAAGCUGGUGGAGUCGGACAGCGACAUCAACGCCAACAGGGAGGAGCUGCUGCGGGUGCUGGACUGGGUGCCCAAGCUGUGGUACCACCUACACACCUUCCUGGAGAAGCACAGCACCUCCGACUUCCUCAUCGGUCCCUGCUUCUUUCUGUCUUGCCCCAUCGGCAUCGAGGAUUUCCGGACCUGGUUCAUCGACCUGUGGAACAAUUCCAUCAUCCCCUACCUACAGGAAGGGGCCAAGGAUGGCAUCAAGGUUCACGGGCAGAAAGCCGCUUGGGAGGACCCUGUGGAGUGGGUCCGGGACACUCUUCCCUGGCCCUCAGCCCAACAAGACCAGUCAAAGCUGUACCACCUGCCGCCCCCCACCGUGGGUCCUCACAGCAUCGCCUCGCCCCCAGAGGACAGGACAGUCAAGGACAGCACCCCCAGCUCCCUGGACUCAGACCCACUGAUGGCCAUGCUGCUGAAACUGCAGGAAGCUGCCAAUUACAUCGAGUCUCCAGACAGAGAGAGCAUCCUGGACCCCAGCCUCCAGGCCACGCUCUGAGGGCCCAGCAGCCAGUCACAGGACAGCGGGGCGGGGGACAGUGCCGUGCCGUCCCCUCUGCCCUGCUUCCUCCCAGCGCGGGCUCUCCAGCCCCAGGACAGGAGGGGCCGUGGAGGAAGGGGCAGGUUCCUGGUGCUGCACCUUGGAGAACUCCCUGUGGGACUGGCAGGUGGACCCACGUCCCCAGAUCCAUCUCCUAGUCUCCUCUGGUGACUCUGAGGAGAAGAUGAUCCUGGCUCUUUUUCCUUGAUUUCUUGUCUCAAUUACAAACUCCUGGGCUUUCUGGGGAGGGGUUCAGAAGACAUCAAACAAGCCUGCGGUAGUUCCUGAUUCUCACGAACGGCUCAGAGACACAGCCUCGCCGGGGGAAGUCUUCUGGGAGGAGGCGGCUCCUGGACCCUCCCUCGGACCCUGCCCAGUUCCAGCCACUGCCAACAGCUCUCCCUGCCCCCAAGAUCAGGCUGCAGGAGAAAAAAAAAAAGCAUGUGGUUUACAACGUUUAAAUCAAUCUGUAAAAGGUUUAAAAAAAAAAAAAAAAGGAAAAAAUGAAGCUGGAGGGAGGAAGUCCAGUUGCAAGGUGUGCUACCCGCCCCCCGUCUCGACACACGGGGGAUACCAGCGACACGGCGCCCACCUGAGACGCGGCCAGACCACAGGGAUGCCACCGCAGCCUUCAGAGAAACGCCACCAGCUCUGCUCACAGCAUCUAAGUUAGCACACGAGUCAAUAAACCCGACUUUUUUUUUUUGUU